AUGUCCUGUGUCCGCUCUAGACACGUUGUUUACACCAUCCCCCUUGCGAUAGCCUUGUCUAUUAUCCUGGGCCCUCUGUUCACACGACGUGAUAUCUACAAGAUAUGCUUCCUUCAACUUGUCGCUGUCACAUAUACAAUUCCCUGGGAUUCGCACCUUAUCAGAACCAGGAUCUGGACAUAUCCGCAAGAUGUGAUUAUAGGGCCAACGCUGUUUGCUAUUCCGGUCGAGGAGGUCUUCUUCUUUAGCAUUCAGACUUAUAUUGCCACUUGCCUACAGAUCCUUCUCAGCAAGCCGGUCCUCACCGCAAUUCACUUGCAUAAUGAGGCCGACUUUCGGGACCCCGUUGGCAAGUCACUACUGGCUUGGAAGCGAGCAGGCCAGCUAGUUUUCGGGUUGGGCUUGGUGAUUCCAAUCCUGCGAGAAGGGCCUGCCGAAGGCCAUUACAUGCGACUCAUCUUGAUCUGGGCAGGCCCAGUAGUGCUGAUGCUCUGGACAUUUGCCUACCAACUACUAGUCACAUUGCCAUGGACAACAACCUGGCUACCUAUCGCUGCACCGACAUUAUAUCUGUGGAUCGUUGACACAUUGGCUCUCCGCAGGGGCACCUGGAGCAUUGAGUCAGGCACAAAGCUCGGCAUUCAAAUCUGGCCCCAUCUGGAACUAGAAGAAGCCGUCUUCUUCCUUCUGACAAACACUCUUGUAGUAUGGGGCGGGAUUGCCUUUGACAAUGCCGUGGCUGUCCUCGACGCCUUUCCUGGUCACUUCCCCACCGUUCCCGGCCUGCCAGCUCCAACGUUGAUGUUGAAAGCUUUAUUUCUGGCCACGUCAAAAUAUGACACCGCGCGUCUACAGGGUUUACGGAUUGCACUUACGGUGCUUGCUAAGAAAAGCCGAUCAUUCUAUCUGGCUUCGGGUGUCUUUUCUGGUCGGCUGAGGAUCGACUUGAUACUUCUCUAUGCAUUUUGCAGGGUGGCUGAUGAUUUGAUUGACGAUGCGCCCUCUGCAUCGGAGGCAAGCAAAUGGGUGCAGCAUUUCACCUAUUUCCUGGAUGUUGCGUACUCGCCAAAAAGGGAUGAAGAGCACUUGCAGCAGGCCCUCGAUCCAUUCCCGCCCGAGGCGCAGACAAUCCUGCGACUCCUUCCGACGGACAAACUGCCUUCUGGGCCACUCUACUCGCUUCUCGAUGGCUUUCGGAUCGAUCAGAAAUUUUUUGACACUGGAUCUAGACAGAAUCCCCCAAUUCAAAAUUUCGACGACCUUGAGCGAUAUGCAAGUUGUGUUGCAGGAACGGUUGGUGAACUUUGUUUAAAUCUUGUCUAUUAUCACGAUCCCGAUCAAGCAACCUCCCCAGAAACCAAACGAAAGUGUCUCACUGCUGGUGCGAAAAUGGGACGAGCACUGCAGUACGUCAACAUUGUCCGAGACGUCAAGACAGACGCCGAUGCCGGACGAUGCUACAUUCCUAGCGAUUGGCUUGAUAAAUCCACGCAACGUUCAUCCGAAGCUCUAUCCGAGGAAAUCCCGCGUCAUCGGAAGAGGAUACUGGACGUUGCAUUCACGAUCUAUGCCGAGAAUAGAGAUGCAAUCGAAGCGCUGCCAUACUAUGCGCGAGGUGGCAUCCGGGUCGCCGUCGAGAGCUACAUGGAAAUCGGCAGGGUAAUGCGUGAAGCAAUGCGACAGGGCAGGCCUUUGGAAUUUGCCGGUGGCGGCAAGAAGGGACGAGCAAGCGUACCAAAGUCGAGGAGGAUAUGGGUUGGAUGGAAGACAAUGAUGGGAAGGAAGGGUGCGGUGUGA